AUGGGCAAGAUCAAUCCUAUAAUACGGCUGGAGAUAGAACUUCAGAUGCUGAAGAAGCAAGCCUUCACUGUGGAGCCCAGCAACUUCCUCGCCAAAGGAGAGCUGGAUACGCUGAGGUUAAAGGUUGAGGAACUGGAAACUGAGCGAAGGAGGUUAGAAGAGGAGAACCGAUCCCUGGAAGCAAAACUGGAACAAAUCACGCUUCAGGGUUAUCCCGAUCCCAGCCGAACCAAAAUACUCCAUUUCUCCAUGAACCCAGCCAGCCUGGCCAAGCAGCAGCGCCAAGAGCAAAUGGGGCACCUGCAGGAGGAAUGCCAACGUCUCCGCGAGAGGAUCCGAAUCUUAGAAGGUGGAGAUGGGGGAGGAACCAGCAGCACCAGCACCAGCAUCCCCCCAGGGAAACGGGAGGACGGCGCAAGUCUCCUGUCCCACCCCGAGAUGGCUGAAUUAAAGAAGCAACUGGAAAGUGCGGAGUUGAAAAACCAGCGUUUAAGGGAGAUCUUCGGAACCAAGAUUCAAGAGUUUCGCAAAGUGUGUUACAAACUGACCGGCUACCAUAUUGAUAUUACGAUUGAGAACCAGUACCGCCUCACCUCCAUCUACGCCGAGCACCGAGAAGACUGCUUGAUCUUCAAGGUUGCCGACCCCUGUCCUACAAAUAUAGACAUAACAUUUCUGAGAAGAUGGACAAGUGUGAACAUCAACAGAAGGUUCUUUGGGAUCUUGGUGGACUUGCUCAACUGA